AUGAUCGACUGGCAUAAUGACACUUUGCUUAGCCACCAGGAUGGGAUGCCAAGCACUGAUGAGUACCAAAGAUCAGAGUGUGUGAUCGGCUACAUCGCUAUCACCUACUACUGCAUCCUGCUGUGUAUCGGAGUUCCAGUAAACAUCCUAACAUUGGUGGCUCUGUCUCGUUUGGCAACACGCACUCAGAAAGCCCUAUACGUCUACCUGUUGGCACUGACCGGCUCCGAUCUGCUUAGCCAGCUUUUCAUCAUCUUUGUGGGCUUCAUAUUGGAGACGGCUGUGUUCCACCGUGAUGUACCUUCGAUUCUGCUCCACUCAGUCAGCAUGCUGGAGUUUGCCGCCAACCACGCCUCCAUCUGGGCUACCGUGCCUCUUACCGUUGACCGCUAUGUGGCGCUGUGCCACCCACUGCUUCACCGCCAGAUCAGCUACCCGGCACGGGCAAGGCGCAUCAUUGGUGCUGUUCUGGCACUGGCUCUGGCAUCUGGAGUGCCUUUCUUCUGGUGGUCAGACAUGUGGAGGGUUAGUCGGCCACCUAAUACUGUCGAUUUUGCUCUCAUCUGGACUCAUGCGACUAUCAUCUACUUUUUGCCAUGCAGUAUAUUCCUGGUGCUGAACUCUCUCAUUGUGCUGCAUCUGAGAAAACGCCAGCACCGGUGCCAGGAUGAAACUAGGCAGCAGCCACAAGUGCCACCAGGAGGCAGACUGAGUAAAACCACAGCCAUGCUUCUGGCAAUUACGUCAGUGUUUGCUGUUCUGUGGGCACCUCGCACAGUUGUUGUACUGUACCACCUUUACGUUUCACCAGUGCAUCGUGACUGGCGUGUGCACUUGGCAUAUGACCUGGCCAACAUGCUCGCCAUGCUUAACACAGCUGUGAACUUUUUCCUCUACUGCUUCGUCAGUAAGCACUUCAGAAGGGCUGUGAAAGAUGUACUGCUUUUUCGGGGGUCACUACAUCAUCCACGAAGACCCUAUCAACAUAGAAAUGCCUCUGCUAACACCUCAAACUCAUCCCUGGCUAGUGGUGCCAAGCGCUGUAACAGACAUGUCAGUCUUGCUUGGGACUCUUCCUAA